AUGCCUUCCAGAAUCGAGGAAAACAAAUACGAAAUCAUGGAUAUACUUAUCAGAAUCAACCAUGCCGGAGACCAAAUCAAAGAGAAUACACUCCAAAUCGAACAAAUCAUGGCCUCUGGUGUUGUCACUCAUCAAGAAGACCAAACAAUCAGAACUUGCAGAAAAUUGAUCGAAUUUUCGAAUGGUCAACUGGCUAGUUACAAGUAUUACCUAUCAUGGUGCUUGUGUGCAGAGGGAAUAAGUGAUGAAGAGAGAAUCGAGGCGGAAAGAAAGGCAUACUUGCUUCAUCAAGCUGCUUGGGCUUGCUUGGAAGGUAAGACAUCUCAUAUUUUGUUUGAACUGCUCUGUCAUAAUUCUACGAGGAAUGGGUAUUUGCGAAUAUCACUAACAUCUUCCUUCGAUAGAACCCAUCUAAACUCAGAACGAGGAUAGUCAAUUCGAGGCGUUCGUCGCGGGAAAGGAUAUACGGAAAUUGGGAUACAACAUACGUUGAGCUUGCAGUUAACUGGCUCUGGGAUGACGGAUUUGAUCAUCGAAGAACUUCACGAGUAUUCCGAUUCUAUGAUAGGUGAUAAAUAAUAUACGUGAACAAUCU